AUGAGAGUAGUAUUAUUAUUAGUAACUUUAGUUUUAUCUGUUUUAGCUGUUUCGAAUGCUACCAAUUUGGCAGCUGUUGAAGAUUUCGGUGGUGUUGUUAUUGGAGAUGUUAGUAAGGGUGCCAUUCGUGCUUAUGGUUUAACCCAAGGUCUCAGUGGUUUCACUGUUUCAGGUUUGUCUCUCUUUGGUUCCGUCGACGAUAACUCUGCCAGUGUCCAAGCCGACUUCAACUCUUUUGCUUUCACUGGUCUCCAACAAUGUGCUUACGCUUUGAGCUACAACAAGAUCGCCGCCAAUGCCGGUACCGGUACUGGAUCGGUCGAUGCCGACGUCUUAUAUGCCACCUACUUCCCAUCUUUGAUCGUUGAGUACGAAGAGACCGACGGUGGAAAUGGUUACCAAUACGGUAAGGAUAAACUUUUGGGUUGGUCACGUCUCAACCAAUGGGGUUCAAUCAUUCCAGGUGUCAACAACUGGGAUAUCAAGUCAAGCUCAAAGAACUACGACGCCACUGUCAACGGAAAGAACUACACUUUCCCAAUCUUCCAAGUCAACACCACCUCACCAAACAACAUGGUCACCUUCAGAUUCGUCAUUCCAGGUGCCAACGUUGAAAUCAACGACCUCGAAUUGAGUGCCGAACAAACCAAGAUCGACAUUCAAAUCAACAACUACUAUGACUCCACUGUCAACAAGAGAACCACCGGUUGUGAUUCCACCGACGUCCCAUUCUCAUGUGAUGCUACCGGUCCAUCUGACAAUGCCAACUCACGUCUCGCUUUGAUCUCCUUCUUUGCUACUCUCUCUGCUCAAGCCAGCGUUGGAGCUUCCGGUUCAAACGGUGUCAGCACCAACGGUGGUGCCAUCACCGCUGCCUUUGACUGGGUCACCUCUGUCACCAUCAACGGAACCAAAUCUGCCUCUGUCCACACCGAAGUCGAUGUUCUCACCUCUGGUUUGAACAACCAAUACGGUAACUUUGACUUGAAGAUCGGUCUCAACGGUUUCGCCAACAUCAAUGCCAACGUUUUGGUUCAAUCAUUCGACGCUGUUCGUCCAUCCAACGUUGUCUGGGAUCCAGUUUUGGGAGGUCAAGCCAACUCUGCCUCUGUUGUCAUCCCAUCGAUUGCAGUCAUCCUCGUCGCAAUCAUUGCUUUAUUAUUCUAA